AUGAGGUCACACGACCAAACGGAUAUGAUGCAUGAUAAGACUUGUGGUACUAAAGAGUAUCGAUGUGACUGUGGUACCAUCUUCUCUAGACGCGAUAGUUAUAUUACACACAGGGCUUUCUGUGAUGCAUUGAUACAAGAGACUGCUAGAAACCCUACCGUGAGCUUCACGUCUAUGGCAAGUGCUAGUAGCGGGGCUGUCUCCGGUGGAUUUUACAGGAGACUCGACGGUGGCAACGCUCUCGCCCACCACAAUUUGAACGACCAUCAUAACUCCGGAUUUUCACCUAUUCCAGGUUACAAUCUAAACAUUUCAUCUUCUGAAAAUAGCAGAGACUAUGUGCAGCAAACGUCAGACCCUAACUUCUUAAUCCAAUGCUCAUCGAGCCAACGGAUGCUGACUGUACCGAACAACAACGAUCAGAGUUUCAUGAACGAACAAGGUAUGAUCCAGUUUGAUCCAGUCAACAACACUAACCUAAAGAGUAACACCAACAACAGCUUCUUCAACCUCGGAUUCUUUCAAGAAAACACCAAGAACUCAGAGACGAGUCUUCCUUCUCUAUACAGCACCGACGUUCAUACACGUUCUUUUAAUGUGUCAGCCACGGCGCUGCUUCGGAAAGCUACUCAAAUGGGCUCAGUUACAAGCAACGACCCUUCUGCGUUCUUCAGAGGCUUAGCUUCUUCGUCUAAUUCGUCAAGUGUGGUUGGUAAUGACUUUGGGGGAGGGCAGAUUAUGGGGAACAAUAAUAACGGUAGCCUUCAAGGUCUAAUGAGCUCACUAGUGGCCGUAAAUGGCGGUGGUGCUGCCGGAUCCGGUGGCAAUAUCUUCGACGUUCAUUUUGGAAACAUUGAAAAUAUGAGCGGCUCGGACAAGUUAACGUUGGAUUUUCUUGGAGUUGGAGGAUUGGUGAGAAAUGUAAAUCGUGGUGGUGGUCAUGGCGACGUUCCGGAGCAAAACCAUACAUUUGGAAGACCUUGAUAAAAUCAUCCAUUACUAUAAAUCUUUACUGAACUCUUUAGGUUUGAUUUUGAUUGAAGUCUGCCUUU